AUUUCGCGUCGAAAUGUGGCGCGCGCGGCUGAAUUGGAGACGCGACUGGCGUUUCCAAUGUGAACAUGCAAACGAAUUUGUAGUCGAACACGCGAACGCCCAAUAUUCGAACUUUGACGCGGUGCGCGCGGUGGUCGCGGAGGCUUCGCCUGCGAAUUCACAAGAGUUGAUCCAAGACCAACUUUUGAGAAUUCGCAAGCGAAUUCGCGGCCGAUGGACCAAUCAAAACACAGAUUUAGCUGAGCUGCGAGUCAAAGGUCAACACCCUUGGUAUCAUAUAAAUAUAAACAAGCAUGGCUACAGCAGACGAAGUAAAAUUCAUGGAAUUGGUCCAGCAAUACCCGUGUUUAUAUGACAAGGGAUGCACACAUUACAAAAAUAAAACCACCAGGCAGAACGCGUGGAAGGCAAUAGCUGAGGAAUUGGGUGACCCGAACGCUGAAAUUCUUGUAAAAAAAUACAAGGCAAUCAGGGACAAAUUUGUAAAACAUUUGACCAAAAAAAACCCUUCUGGGUCAGGCAAUGAUUUUCUUAUUGAGGAGAGAUAUGAAUAUUUGAGAUGGCUGCUGCCACACACAGCAAUAUCAAGAAAGUCCACUGGAAAUUAUCAUGCAAAUACAGCUGGUGAUAGCCCUCCUGACGCUUUAACAAUAUUACAAGAGUUAGAUGAGGGUACAACUCAGGUUGCUGAAGAGUUGGACACAGAUGUUGGUACAACUCAGGUUGUUGAGGAUUUGGACAUCGAUGUUUGUACUACUCAGUCUUUUGAAGAUUUAGGCACAGAUUGUUCUCUUGUUGAUACUCCAACAUCAUCAUCAUCAACAGGCAAGAGAAUUAUAACUCCGCCAGGGCAAUCAAGAGGGAAAAAAAUGAAAAAAACAAAAGAUAACAUCACCAGUGAAGAACAACAAGACAUCGACAAAGUUAUGAUUGGCGCACUCAAAAAAAUAUCGUCAGAGAAGGACAAAGCAAGUUUUAUAGGGGAAUAUAUAGCAGUAGAGCUAAGGGAACUGCCAAAACCACAACAAGGCCUCGCCAUUUUAAGGAUGAUUCAGAAAAUGGAAGAAAUUAAGGAAGAGCUCGGUGUGAUUUGAUGGGAUUUGAUAGAAAGAUUUAAAAGCAGUGGCGGCGCCAGGGGGAAGUGCAGGGAAAAAAAUGAAGAGCUUGGUGUGAUUUGAUGGAAAAAGUAACAUUUUAGGGGAAAAUAUGCUGGGGUGUCGCAAAGUGGGAUUAGUCAGCGCCAGGGGGAAGUGCGGGGAAAAAAAUGAAGAGCUUGGUGUGAUUUGAUGGAAAAAGUAACAUUUUAGGGGAAAAUAUGCUGGGGUGUCGCAAAGUGGGAUUAGUCAGCGCCAGGGGGAAGUGCGUGGGAAAAAUGAAGAGCUUGGUGUGAUUUGAUGGAAAAAGUAACAUUUUAGGGGAAAAUAUGCUGGGGUGUCGCAAAGUGGGAUUAGUCAGGCAUCGCUCAACAUGCUUUGAAAGUGAUACAGGGGGUGGAGGGGCGAAGCCCCCUAAAAAUUUUAUAGUUUACAAAUAUUUUUUUUUUCUCCCUAACAAAUUGUGAUUUUUUUUCCUGUUUUUUU